AUGUUCCCCGACGAAUCCGCGGAAGAUAAGCGGAAAAGACACGAGCAGAUAUUCAAGUCGAUAGAUAAGAAUGGAAGAGGCACGGUUUCGUUUGCCGAGUUCCAGAGAGCCAUGAUGGAGGAGAACCACCCGUUGAAGGACUCUCCGGUGGCCAUGGCAGAAAUAUUCCAGUCAUUUUCCGAGGGCACAGAGAGAAGCCACUUCUGGAGCCGACGCAAAGACAUCGAUUUCAACAAGUUCAACGAGUACUUGAUGACGGCCGAGGCGCAGAUCGAGAGAGGCUUUUUGAACGUCGACAAGGACCACGACGGUUUGAUCAAGCCAGUGGACGUGUCGAACUACUUGACAAACAUCGGAUGCAAGCCAAAGCCGGAAGAAAUAGCCAAGUUCUUCAGCAACAUAGACAUAGACAAGAAAGGUUACGUUACGUACGCGGCGUUCAGAGACAGCCUUCUGUUCAUGCCAAGAAUCGACGGAUCGAGGAUCCGUACGGCGUACAAAUUUUUCAACGACGAUUUAGACUAUCUAUCUUCGGAAGGAGAUGUCACUGUGGGUGACAACAUAUUGAAUAGUGUGGGUUAUUUCUUGGCAGGCGGGCUCUCAGGUGUCGUCUCCAGAACAUGCACCGCACCCUUGGAUAGAAUCAAGGUCUUUUUAAUUGCAAGAACCGACCUCUCGUCAACUCUUUUGAAAAACAAGGCCGAGCUCAGGCACCACAUCGAGGAGCUGAGACACAAGAAAAUACCUCCCCAAAAGAUCGAGUCUCCGCUGGUAAGGGCCAUCAAAACUCUCUAUAAACAGGGCGGCCUCAAAGCAUUCUAUGUUGGUAAUGGUUUAAACGUGAUUAAGGUCUUCCCGGAAAGCGCUAUGAAGUUCGGCUCGUUCGAAGCCACGAAAAAGAUCAUGUGCCAGCUGGAAGGGGUCGACGACGAGAAAAAGCUCUCCAAGUUUUCCACCUACUUGAGCGGAGGUAUUGGAGGUGUUCUCGCACAAACGACGGUCUAUCCGAUUGACACCCUCAAGUACAGACUCCAAUGUGCAUCACUAGAUUCGAAAAUCAAAGGUGUCAAUCUCCUUUUUAGAACCGCCUCUGACUUAUACAAGGAGGGCGGUAUACGCGUGUUCUACCGGGGAUUGCUGGUCGGUUUGAGCGGGAUGUUCCCGUAUGCUGCAUUAGAUUUGGGCACUUUCACCACUGUGAAAAAGUGGUACAUUAAGAACCAGUCGCUUAAGCUAAAUUGUCCCGUGGAUGACGUGCAUUUGCCGAACUAUAUUGUCCUUACGAUCGGGGCCUCUUCUGGUACUUUCGGCGCUACCAUGGUUUAUCCAAUUAACCUUUUGAGAACAAGACUGCAGGCGCAGGGGACAUAUGCGCAUCCAUACACGUACACGGGUUUCCUUGACGUUCUGGGACAGACCGUACAGCGGGAAGGUGUGCAGGGUCUAUUCAAAGGAUUGGUCCCGAAUUUAGCCAAGGUUAUUCCUGCCGUCUCCAUAAGCUAUUUGAUGUAUGAGAACUUAAAGGUUUUGUUCCGCCUUGACGAAAAGAAAUGA